AUGCACUUCAAGCUCGUUGUCGCGACGGCUGCUCUUGCGGUUACGCUCAGCCUUGCUGCUCCAAUCGAAGCAUCAUCUGCCCAGGUUGGAGAGUCUGAAUCUGCUGUUGGUCAGGCCUUCUACAGCAAGUACAAGGACACUAAGCGCAGUGACGAUGAGACCGACUCUGCUGUUGGCCAGGCCUUCUACAGCAAGUACAAGGACACUAAGCGCAGUGACGAUGAGACCGACUCUGCCGUUGGCCAGGCCUUCUACAGCAAGUACAAGGAAGAGAAGCGUGGCGAGGAGGAGACCGAUUCUGCUGUGGGCCAGGCUUUCUACAGCAAGUACAAGGAAGAGAAGCGCAGUGACGAUGAGACCGACUCCGCUGUUGGUCAGGCGUUUUACAGCAAGUACAAGGACAGCCAGUAG